CGCCGCCGCCGCUCGCCCCCGCCGCACUGGAUUUACCGCCCGACGCGGCCCCUCGCCCCGGCCCCAUGCGGGCCACCGGCAUCAGCGGCUAGAAGGGGACCUGGAUGGCCGUGGCUGAAGGCGGCUGGUGCGCGGUGAAGCGGUGCGCUGCGGACGCCGGCGGUUCCUCCUGUCCCUUCGCGACCAGGGAGCUGCGCCCGUCUCCUCCUUCGCCUUCCUCCUCCUCCGGCUCCCAGGGUGCACGCGGAUCCUCCAAGACUCCUCGGCCGGAGACCGACGGCAGCCACCGGCCGCCCCCCGCCGCCGAGGGCAGGUCCCUGCUCGCCCCCUACGUGCACUUCGGGACCCCGCACCCCUCCGGCCGUGCCAGCUGGGAGGACAUCCUGCUCUUUGCGGACUUAGACCAAACCAACAAGCUGAUCUGGUCCAGCCGCGGCCCCAAGCUGAGCGCCCUCGGCGCCGAGCAGCCAGAGGAGAUGUAUCAGACCCUCGCCAUCUCGGCCGCCCAGGGCCCCACGCCUUACGACGGAUCUCCGGGCGGCUUCAUGCACUCCACGCCCAGCUCGCCCGUCUACGUGCCCACCACCCGCGUGGGCUCCAUGCUGCCCACGCUGCCGUACCUGCAGGGCAGCGGGGCGGCCCAGCCCAGCCACCCGGGCGGCGGCCACGCCGUCUGGUCCCAGCCGGCCGCGGAAAGCCCCUCGUACAGCAGCGGCGGCGGCUCCCACCCCUCGGGCCGCUUCCCCUACUCCCCGAGCCCGCCGGUGGCCAACGGGGCCUCCCGGGAGCCCGGCGCCUACAGCAACAGCCUGGGCGCCAGGGACCAGUACAGCCCCCUGGCCCGGCCGCUCAAUGGCUCCUACCCGGGCCCCUACACGUCCUACGUGGGGCCGCAGCUCGCCCCUGCCUGGCCCACGGCGCCCUUCGAGAACUCCAUGCUGCACUGCCUCCAGGGCCGGGCCGCCCCCAUCCCCGUCCGGGCACCCAGCGCAGAGCUGCUGGAGGACCUGUCCGAGAGCCGGGAGUGCGUCAACUGCGGCUCCAUCCAGACGCCGCUGUGGAGGAGGGACGGCACCGGCAACUACCUGUGCAACGCCUGCGGGCUCUACACCAAAAUGAACGGCCUCAGCCGGCCCCUCAUCAAGCCCCAAAAGAGAGUGCCUUCGUCGCGGCGGAUGGGCCUGUCCUGUGCCAACUGCCACACCACGACCACCACCCUGUGGCGCAGGAACGCCGAGGGCGAGCCCGUCUGCAACGCCUGCGGCCUCUACAUGAAGCUCCACGGGGUUCCUCGGCCUCUUGCUAUGAAAAAAGAAGGAAUUCAGACGAGGAAGCGAAAACCUAAGAAUAUAAACAAAUCAAAGGCAUGCUCCGGUAACAGUACUACUGCAGUUCCUAUGACUCCGACAUCCACGUCUUCUACUAACUCAGAUGACUGUAGCAAAACUGCUUCUCCCGGCGCACAGCCUGCAGCCUCUGGGGCGAGCUCGUCGGUGAUGUCUGGCCCCGGAGAGAGCACCAGUCCCGAGAGCAGCAGCCUUAAGUAUUCAGGUCAAGAUGGGCUGUACACAGGAGUCAGCCUGAGCUCCACGGCCGAAGUGACAGCAUCUGUGAGGCAGGAUCCCUGGUGUGCCCUGGCUCUGGCGUGACGUGGUGUGAGGGAAGCUGGAUCCUGGCAGCCCCCAGACAUCUGCGCGCAGUUUCCUCUGUGGAGCGAGCGGUCGCAGCGGCAGUGAGAGUGCUGGCAAAGACCAUUCCUCUGAAACAGUUUUUGAGCCUUGGUGGCAGAGGUGGUUUUCUACUUCCGAAAGAGGCUUUGCCAAAGCAUCCAGUUCCUCAUCUAUGCAAGAAAAAUGUAGAGAAAGCAAAUGACCACCGGGGAUAGCUAAUGCAGCCCUACACUCUCAAAAAACCCCUUCAAAGCCCCCCUCGAAAAAACCCUCAAAAAAAAACCAAAAAAAAGGAAAAGAAAAAACAAUAACAAAAAAGAAGAGAUAAACCCACACCUAUUGAUAGAUUCCAGAAAUACAUCCUCAACUUACCCAGCAGCGCUGCCUUUCUGAUUAUAUAGUUGUUUUCACUCUCUCAUUGCCUUUUCCCCUAAGAAUUUGGUGGAAGUUGUCAGUGUUGAGGAGGGAGUAGCAAAGACUUUAUUUACCAGAGAUAGUGAGAUACUUUUUAAUGAGUGUCAGAAGUGCUUACAGUUUGAGUUGACACAGACUUCUUGCACCGAAGAUUUGAUGUCUUCACCCCGUCAGACCUCUCCUUCCGUGCUCUCCAUCUUCAGCGUGCCUUGCUCUGCUCUUCAGAGCCCAGCUAUGUCCCUGGAAGAAAUCACAACGUUUGGUACAAGCCCCACAAGGUCCAGCUGGUUAAGGAGAUUUUGGGAUUGGUGUUUUUUGGUUUAAAAUAUUUACUCAGUUUUCAAGACUGCGAUAUAAGUUUUAAAGUACACUGUGACUGAGAUUUAUGAAAGUCCAUAUUUCCUGGCUGAA